UGCUAAGAGGCCAUCGAACACGCAGCUAAGACCUUUCAUUGUGACAUCGAAGUCACUGAAUGAACAAGAGACUCCCCCUCUUCUCCUAGGCUUCCCAGGAAUCCCCCGGUAUAAUGAUUACCGAGGAGAGUCAACACCAAGAACUAGCCUGCCAACAUUGACGGGGGAACUCUCGGGGAUUUCCGGCAGCCCCGGCCGCUACCGUGCAACUUCUGCGAGCUUCCCACUGCAUGCAUAGGCUGCCGACCAUCCCCCACUAGCUAGAGCCAGCAGCCCCGUAGUAUAAAUGGCAGCAUUUUAGCGUAGGUUGCUCAUUCUCAAUUUUGCCAAGACACAUUCUCUUCUGCAGCCUUUGAAAGCUUUUCUGUGCAAAGACCCAGUACUGCAACCAUGAAGAACAGCAUCCUCCUAGUGUCAGCCGUGCUGGCGGUCAAUCUGAUGCUGUGUGAAGCUGGCUGCUACAACUCUGGGCAGUGGGGAAAGUUGUGGGACAUGACCACAGCAGUGGACAAGUUCAACGAGCAUUAUCACGGGCAUGCCAUCUGUGGCGCGCAAUCAUUGCAGUGGGUGGUGGAUGCCGGGUGGAACGUUCAGUCUCAACGGUUUUACUGGAAAGAUCGACCCCAACGCGGGUUGAAGACCCCUCAGAUUGGCAGCCGCUACAAGCUUCAGCGGGUGGCAUAUGCGGCAAAGCCACGGGGCGGGGCCAAAGUGAGAUGGUCGAAAGCCAACGGUGUGUGA